UUUUCUGUUUUUUUUCCCCUCAUUCUGUCUCUCAUGGUUGAGGUUUACCAAUGUUGACAAUUACAGGCCUCUCUGAUAUUUUCAAGUGGGAGAACUUGCACAAUUAGUGGUUGACUAAAUACUUAUUUGCCCCACUGUAUGUUGUGCGCACGAAAAAACUAUAGGCCGUUCCGAGACAAUGUAAUGGUGACGAUGUGCAAGUACAGUCCAAGACUGAACUAAAGAUCAACUAAAUCCUGUAUUAUCAUUUUUAGCACGCCGAAACUGCUGGUGUCUUAACGCGACUGCAGUUUGUGGCCUAUAAAAGGGAACUAUCAGGUGUGCACCAGACUGUUUCUGGUGCGCACCAACCAGAUAAUUUCUAGUGAGCACCACAUACUAUCUGGUGUGCACACCAGAUAGUUUCUAGUGUGCACCAAAUACUAUCAGGUGCACACCAGAUUGUUUAAAUUGUGUUUCUGUCAAUGUCCCUUUAUAAAAUAUUUUCAUAAUAUUUGUGAUAAUAUGUCGACUGACAACUAGUUGAAUGACUCCUCUUUUAUAUCUUGUGGGGGUCUGUAUCGCUUUCACCGGCACAAAUUAAUUUUGAGGAGGGUGAUGCCAGAGCAACAAAAGAGACAAAAAGUUUUGUCUGAGGAGGAAAAUAAAUGUAGGCCACCAGAAUAUACAGAAUAAACAUUGGCCCGGCUUUCACUUGCUGGCCUGAACUCCCCUUUAACCGAACUCGUCAGCGCUGACGAGUUUCGCCACACUGAGCCACAUUGUUGCUAACCGUCAUAUGCUAUUAUUUAGCCACAACUGGAUUCAUUACUUUAUUACUAUUCAGUCUUCCCUAAAGUGCCUGUGACAGCAGAAAAAAAAUCUUAAAUAGCAUUAUUAUGUGAAUUAAAAUCAUAUUUUGAGACGAUUCGACUAUAUACAACAAUUUGGCAAAGCGCAGAUGACGAGAAAUUAGUCUUUUAAUGUGCCGUUUAGCCCUGCCUGUCAUUAUAGCGCUCCAGCGUCCCUCGGUGGAGGAUGACGUUGGCAGGGUCACGAUUUCAUCUGAUUUAGAAUUCAGCCCAUUGAGGGGGAAUUAUUCAGAACGAGGAAAAUGUGACGAAGAGAGCAGAAAAAUGUCAUUGUUUCAAUCUCUCUACUCCAAUAUUUUCACAGGAUAUUCUUUUUAUCUAAGUAUUUUUCCCCAAUUGCUAAAUAUGGUAAGGUCAUGACAAAUAACAGUCUUGUGCUAAAUGGAAUAUGAACUAUUAAAAAUGCAUUUAUUCAGUACGACAUGGCAAAAUUACUCCAUAAUGGUCAAAACUGUCAACUUCUUGCACCUCCCGAAUGAUAUUUUAUGCCACCGGAGUUGGUACGGCUUUUGUCAUUUCCCUGCCCCGGGUUCGGAGAGCGUAAACAAACCAGGAGGCGUGACAGCUAGCCGACAUGCUAACCCGAACCGAGAGGCCUUUUAAAGUGAUCCUCUAACUUAAAUACCUGUAGGCUUUAAUAAACCACAAUUGUUCUCUUGUACUAAAAUAUGUUGUUAGAAACACAUAAAAUGUUAAAUCAAUGGCAAUGUUUUAUAAUAUUUAGUCCAUAUUUUGACCGUUAGUUGGCGCCAUGGUUUGCGGGCUUGCAGUGAUGACGUAAUUGGUAUCUUUCCAAAUGUGUAACGUGUUCAUCAAUUGCUUAUUGCUGCCUAAACUCGUGAAGUAAAAUGCCACGAUGUGCUGCUUUUGAAUGCAAUUUCCAGUCAAAUGGAAAAAAGGGGAGUGGAGUGAGUGGUCAAAGUGGAUAUAUUUUUAGUGAAUAAAUGUGCAUAAGUGGAAGCUUCUCCCCCUUUUUGGUCCCUGUAUGCACGUAUCCUACCCACCACGCGUUACAACUGGCGCCCGAACAUUUUUCCUGGAUCCUCAGUCAAGUAAGGGAUCCGUCUAUUUUCUGGAUCCGACGGUCCCACCGCGUCUGCAAUAUUGGUUUCGGAUCUGUCCAUUUUUUUUAUUCGUCGGUCCCACAGCAGCUUUUCGGAUCAGUCUAUUUUGUGGCAUUGACGGCCUGACACGGCUGCGACAUUGCCAUGGGAUCGGUCUAAUUCCUGGAUCUUCGAGUGAGUAAAAAAUGCGGAAUUGGAUUACUAUUGCUAUGUUUUAUGUUGACUAUUCUUCGUGGGAGUUUUCCCCAAAUCAUACUAAACAAUUAAAGCGCUAUGGCACGCUACAGUGACGACAGUGACUUUGACGUGGACCUCACAACAAUGUUGGAGUUCAUCAGGGAACGCGUGUUUGCGUACUGCUGAGCUCCCGAGUGAAGAGUGGUCAAGGUGGAAAUAUUAUUUUUUGUGAAUAAAUGUGCAUAGUGGAAGCUUCUCCCCUUUUUGGUACUUUUAUACACAUAUCCUAGCUACCACGCGUUACAAUGUACAAAACAUGGAUUACACAAGGUGUGCUCUUUGGCCUGUACUGUAUGUAAAGCACACAACAGCUCUGGAUGCUAACAAUCUACAUAAUUAUAUUGGGAUAAGUUUGAAAACGCAAUAUGCUUACCUUGACUAUCUGCUAAUAAAACCGGAGUUCCAAACAGCAUGCACUCUUGCUCCCAACCGGAAUCCCAAACAGCAUACAGUCUCGCAUCACCAGUUUUGCCCAACUUUUGUCUUAUCAGGUAUUUGCUGCACGCAUUUUUCCCUGAAGCUCGUCCUUGUGAAUGACCGACAGUGCUGUCCUGCUCUUCACUUUUCAGAUCUGGUUCAAAUAGGAAGGGUAGAACUGACGACAUGUUGGGAAAGCUAAUGAGUGACACGCUGGAAUUUCGGCAACGGGACCAGUGACGUCACGCACUGCGACGUAACAAGAAUGGCGACCUAUCACUUAAAAUAAUUUUACAUACUUUAUUAAAACAAAAACAUUAAGAGGGGUUUUAAUAUCAAAUUAUUAUAACUCAUACUAACAUUUAUCUUUUAAGAAUUUCUUGUCUUAAAAUUAGAGGAUCCCUUUAAAGUCUGCAGCCGGGUCUGCAGAAGGGUCGUUGAUUUAUAUUACGUAAAACCCUGCAUGCUCUCAUUGUACAUGUGUGUAUUUAUAUGAAUGUGUAUGCAUGAAAUACGCGUGUCAAGUAUUACCAGCGUUCCUGAGAUAAUAAACGAACUGUUAGUAAACCUUUCCAUGUGGUUUAUCAUAAAUAUUUUGGUGACUUGUUUCUAUCUGAUAUCUAGACGGUGACCCCCUUACAGUACCGCUUAGGCAUAUUUUCGACAUCUGUCCCAAGGAUAAGAUCUAACAUUGGGGGAAGUGGCAAGAGUCUAACAGGAAACCAAGGUAUUAUCUAGCAGUAGUAGUGAGUGAUAACUCCAGACCACCGAGGAACACUUUGACACCUUCUCGUUCAUCGCAAAGGUGUUGAAAGGGUUGGUUUUUCCUUGCCAAACUGUACUAAACGUAUUAAAAUGGAAGAACAGUUGAUGAACCAAGUCCUGUGCAUUAAAAAAAUGUCAACAAACAUUACACAUGUCGCUCACUGGAAGGGAAGAUUUAACCUCAAUAUGACAAGGCAAGAUUUCCCUAAAUUGUAAAUUCAAGGAAAUGUCUCGAGCGCUGUUUUUUGCUGGAAAAUGUCUUUUUCUACCCGGGGAAAAUUGUCUGCCAUGUGCUGGAAAAUAUUUUGUCAUUUGCUUUGUAAAUUUAUUUACAGCGCUGACUAGUUUACAGUGUGUGUGUGUUACACACAUGACGCAAAAGGGGAAGUAUCAAGUGUGUUUGUGUGUGCGUGUCUUCAUUUGGUCUUUGCGCCAUCGAGUGGACAGCCGACCUGAUUCGUGCCAUUGAAAAUUAGAAUGUCAUCCCUCUUCCUCAACACCUCGCAUAGCGUCCUAGCAACCAAGGCAACUAAAGGAGGAGACAUGGACACACUCUCCGUUGUCCUCAACGCCUUCACCAUCCUGCUCGGCAUUCCGGGCAAUUCCAUUGUGAUCUGGGUGGCAGGUUUCAAGCUCAAGCCAACCGUCCUCAAUGUGUGGCUCGUCAACCUUGCCGUAGCUGACGUAAUCUUCUGCUUCACCCGAAUCUUCUCCCUGGUCAAGAAACUGUUCCUGGACCACUGGCCCUUUGGCUUGUUCAUCUGCAAAUUCAACGGCUUCUUCAAGUACGGCAACAUGUUUUGCUCCGUUUUCAUAAUGGCCGUCAUCAGCCUGGAUCGGGCCCUCUGCGUCUGGUUCCCCGUGUUUACCCGGACCCACCGCACGGUGUGCAAAGCCCGCUUGGUGGCUGUGUGUGUGUGGGCGGCGUCGGUGGUCUUCAGCACACCGUACUUUUUCUACCGGCAAGUCUUCCCAGAUUCCAAGAACCUGAGCAAGUGCACCGUGGAGGAGGUAGAGGACGAAGAUGCCAGGAUGGUGCUCUACUUCAUUCGUUUUCUUUGCGGCUUCGUGCUGCCUUUCCUAGUCAUUCUGUGCUGCUACAUCCUAGCUGGGGUGGGCAUCCGCCGCGCCCGCUUUUCUGGGAAGUCGCGUACCUUGCGUGUGUUGGCCUUGCUGGUGGGCGCUUUCUUCCUGUGCUGGGCUCCGUACCACGGGCUGCUAAUGCUCAGGAUGGUGGCCAGAAAAAGCCCGGUGGUCAAGUACUGGCUGCCCGCCGCUAAGGGUGUGGCGUACUUCAACAGCUGCGUCAACCCGCUUCUUUACUUCUUUGUUGGACUCAUGAUGAAAGGUCGGUCGAAGAAGUCUUUGACGGGCCUGUACAAACGCGCUCUAGCCGAUGAUGUUGACGUACAAUCUGGGCAGUCCACUGAGGACACGGGGGAGAAUGGGUCACAGUUGUGAUGAUGGAGAAAAGUGGAAAAGAGGAAAUUGGCUAAAAUCAAUGCUAAAGGCCGUAUAAUACAUGCCAUUUU